AUGGCCAACGCCUGGCGUGACUCGGCUCGCAAGCUUCUUCCUCUCACCCUCUCCGUCCUGCUCCUCUUCGCCGUCACCAGCACCAGUGCAGCGCGGUCUAGCAUGCACGCGUCCCCCCCAGACACCGGCGCAACAUGCGGCGUCGCCACCCGCCUUGCGCUCGCCCGAGCAGAUUCCGCGGUAUCCCCGCACAGGGUGGAGCAAAUUUUGUUCAGCUGGGACGAUUUGACUGAGGAACAUAUCAUUGCCGGCAACUUGGGCACGAUUGACGGACCAAGAGACGACGCGGUGACUCAGUCGAUCGUGGAGAUAUUCAUGAACGCUGGGUACAACGUGAUGGUCAUUCAGAGCAAGCAUUCCGUGCAGGGCGACCCGGCGUCCGCGCAGGUGGAGGUGCGGCAUUCCGGGGAUAGAUUGAAGUUCACCGUGUAUUACAAGAAGGGCCGUUUCUGUGUGAAGAAUCUUGGCAAUGGCAGCGUAGCGCCUCCCCCUCCCCCUGCCCGUUGCGUCGCGCUCUCCCCGGCUUCCCGUCCCGUCACGCCCUCCCCCGCUGCUCGUCGCGACGUGCCCUCCCACCCUGCACGUCGCGUCGCGUCCUCCCCCCGCUGCCCUAAACGCCCGCUCGCGCGCCGCGCCUGCCGCCGCGCCUACUCGUUAGGCCCGGCCGCGGGCCCGCUCGUCCCGCCGCCGCGCCUGCCCGUACCGCCCGCCGCCGCGCCUGCUCGUUAUUCCCGCCGCGGGCACUCCCUUACAGCCGCGCGGGCCCUCCCUUACAGCCGCCGCGCCUGCCCAUACCGCCCGCCGCCGCGCCUGCUCGUUAGGCACGCCUCGGGUCCUCCCUUACAGCAGCCGUGGGCCCUCCCUUACAGCCGCCGCGCCUCCUCGUUAAGUCCGCUGCGGGCCCGCUCGUUAGACCCUUCCUUCGCACCGCUGCGCCUACUCGUUCAGUCCGCCGCGGGGCCGCCCCUAGCCCCGUUGCGCCCGCGUUUUGCGCCCGUCACGGACUUGCCCUAG